AUGAUAUUUUAUAUAACAUUUCUUUUUUUUUUAACUUCUACUAUUAUUAGUAGUAGUAUUUACAAACAUGAACAGUUACUUGAUUCAUUAAAAGAAUAUAUAAAAAAUGAAGAAAAAAGUAAAGUUCCUUGUGACAUUUGUAUGGAAACAAUGGCAAAUGUAAUUGAAAUGUCACACAAUGAAACAAAUGUUAAUGACAUAGAAAAGUAUAUUUUAGAUAGAUGUGUAAAAGAAAAUACACAAAUUGCAAGUAUAUGUAAGGGAAUGGUUGAAAAUUUUACAAAUGAGGGUGUUUUUGUUUUAAAACAAACAAAAUAUACAGCUAACCAGAUAUGUGGAGCAUUUGUUAAAGAUUGUGGUGCUACUGAUGAUCCAUUAAAUGAUAUGUGGAAAUUUGAUAUUCCUAAUGGAAAACCACCAAUUAAAAAAUGGCCAAAAAUAAAUAAUCCACAACAUACUUUAAGAGUUUUACAUUUAACUGAUAUUCAUAUUGAUCGUGAAUAUAAAACAGGAUCAGAAGCCAAUUGUCAUACAAAAAAUGAUAAUGAUAGAAUGCUUUGUUGUAGAGAAUAUCCAUCUACAAAUAAAAAUAAUAUUAAAGUUCCAGCUGGGUAUUGGGGAACACCAUAUGAUUGUGACAUACCAUAUCGUACUUUUGUCAAUGCAAUAGAAUAUAUAUCAAAAAAUGAUAAAUUUGAUUAUAUUAUUGUUACAGGAGAUAUGGAAUCUCAUGAUAUGUGGGCUUAUACCAAAGCAAAAACAAUGACGAAUAUUUUAAAUAUAACAUCUAUACUUCAAGAAUAUUUUCCUAAUACUCCUAUUUAUCAAACAACAGGAAAUCAUGAAGGUGUCCCAAUGGAUGCUAUGGGUCCACAUUCUAUGGCUGAGUAUGCAGAAAGAGGACCAACAUGGCUUUAUAAUACAUUUGCUCAAGCAUGGAAAAGAGAUUUACCAAAAGAUACUGAAAGUGGAAUAAAAUAUAGAGGAAGUUAUGUAAUUAAACCAUAUACAGGAUUAAAAAUUAUUUCAAUUAAUACCAUAUAUUGUUCAAAAAAUAAUCUUUAUAAUUAUAUUAAUCAAAAAGAUCCAGAUAAUACAAUAGCAUGGUUAGUUUCAGAAUUAUUAGAAUCAGAAAAAAUUGAAGAAAAAGUACAUAUAAUUUCACAUAUUCCACCUGGUAGUACAUAUUGUUUAAAAGGAUGGUCUUUUAAUUUUUAUGAUAUUGUAUAUCGUUUUGAAAAUACAAUUGCUGCAUUAAUUUAUGGCCAUACACAUAAAGAUUCUUUUGAAGUAUAUUAUGAAAAUAGUGAUAUUAAUAAAAGACCAUAUCAUGUAAAUUUUAUUGCACCAAGUUUAACAACAUAUCCCUACAAUAAUCCAGCAUUCAGAGUUUAUACAAUUGAUGGUAAUUAUGAAGGAAGCUCUUUUACAAUUAUUGAAUCAGAAACAUAUUAUGCAAAUAUAACAGAAGCUAAUGAAAAUAAUCCUCCUAAAUGGAAAUUAGAAUAUAAGCUGAAAGAAGAAUUUAAAAUGAAAGAUCUGUCACCAGAAUCAUUUCAUAAUUUAACUAAAAUCCUUGAAAAUGAUAUUAAUGUUUUUGAAAAAUUUUAUCUUUAUUAUAACAGAAAUCAUAAGUCAUGCAAAAGCACAUGCCAUCAAAACAUUGUUUGUGGUUUACGUUCUGCCAGAAGUUAUGACAAAACAACAUUUUGUCAUUAUCGGGAUAAAAAAUUAUUAAUUAAGUAA